AUGGCAUCGCAUCCUACCCUGAUCAAUCUCCCUCCCCCCACCUCCAAUCCAGACACCCCGUCUGAGAUGCCAGGCACCCCGACGAGCACCACAACGUCCCUGUCGGCCCUCUCUACCACCGCUAUUAAAGAUGGUCACCGAGGUCACCUUCCCCAGGGCCCCGCGGGCCGCGGCCACGCCCAUCACCCCUCGACGACAAGCCUCGAGGCUGAACGCGCCGACCGUAUCUCGCGCCUCGCCGGUCUAGAGCGAGUCUCGACACUACGCGCCCCGCCGCAUCACCAGAACGCGGGCUCAUCUUCUCUUUCUCCUCAGACGACCCCAACCUCUACGACCGGCUUUCCGCCCAACUACCCACCGAAUCAACACCUGACCCCGGCCUACUUCGACGCUCAUGGCCAGCCCACUGCUGCUACCAAGAUGAGCACCGUCGGUACUGCCAGCGCCACUGAGAGCUACGUCGGCGACGACAACGAGACGCGCACCGCCCCCGGUGAACAGGAUGAGGAUAUGCUUAGCAUGGAUACCAACUACCGCGAAGCCGACUCUGUGACCAGCAUGGGCGCCGAGCCCGAGCAUAUGGAUGAGGACAUGGCGACGCGCUCGACUGGAGGCUACGACGACCGCAUGAGCGAUGACGGAUCGGCUAGUCUUGUUGGCUUCGGCGAGGGCGCCAACAGCACGGUAUCUGGCCCGAUCUACCAGCGUCGGCCCAUUCCCGGCGUUGCUGGCCAGGGAGGCAUCUGGGGCCUUGAGAGAAGCGCUUCCGGCCUCAGCGACGGCAUCCCGACGCAGCGCAAUCGCGACGUGGCCAUGGGCGGAGACACCCCCAUCAGUGCAGCCGCCAUGCAGGAGAGGAGAGACGCGCGCAUGAUGGACGGCAUGACCAACGACGGCGCGGGUGUCCCUGACGAGGAGAUGUUCGUCGACACCACGAACAAGCCUCCCAUCCCCGUCUCGCAAAUGGCGGGACAGACUCCGCAACCCAAUCCGAGCACAACACCCACAGCACGAGAUGCGGCCGAGCGCAUGAUCCGCGAUCGUCUCGACGGAGGCGAGGGCCGCGUGGGCAAUGCGGCGCUGGGAAGCCCGCAAAGCGGAGAGCGUCUGGGCAAGUUCUACUUCGAGGAGCGGAAAUAG